AUGCCUUUGGAAGCUCGUGUGAAAUCUGUCCUGUCCGGCGACACCGUCGUGCUGUCCCACGUCUCCAACCCGGCCCAGGAACGCAUUCUCAGCUUGGCUUAUGUCUCGGCUCCUAGACUCCGUCGGGAGGAGGAAGAGCCUUACUCCUUCCAAUCCCGUGAAUUCCUCCGUGAGCUCCUGGUAGGAAAGGUCGUUUACUUCAACGUCCUUUACACAAUCCCGACCGGCGCCAAACGCGACUACGGCACCAUCAAGCUUCCCACCUUUGACGUCCAAUUGCCCGACAUCAGCGUCCAGGAAGGAUGGACUCGGGUCCGCGAGGAGGCCGGUAAGCGCGCCGACGAAUCCGAAGAGACCGCCGCGUAUCUCGAACGGCUCCGCGCCUUGGAGGACCAUGCCAAGUCGGAGGAUAAGGGUAUCUGGGCUGGAGCAGAGAAGGGCCGGACAGAGACCAGCUACGAGCUGUCUGACGCCAAGGCCCUGGUAGAUGAGUACAAAUCGAAGGACCUCGAGGGUAUUGUCGAGCGCGUGCUGAAUGGAGACCGACUGGUGCUUCGUUUGCUGCUGACUCCCCACGAACAUCUCCAAGUGGUUGCCGCACUUGCCGGUGUGCGGGCUCCCGCUGCCCGACGGGUGAAUGCUGAUGGUAAGGAACAGCCUGCCGAGCCCUACGGUGACGAAGCACAGCAGUUUGUUGAGUCCCGCAUCCUGCAACGCAAGGUGCAGGUCUCCCUGCUGGGAGUCACACCACAGGGCCAACUCAUCGCCACCGUUCUCCAUCCCAACGGCAAUGUUGCCAAGUUCCUCCUCGAAGCUGGUCUGGCCCGCUGCCAUGACCUCCACUCCGCCCUCCUGGGUGCUAACAUGGCUACUUUCCGCCGCGCGGAGAAGGCUGCCAAGGAUGCCCGGAACGGUAUCUUCACUGGGCUGGUUGCCCCCCAGGGUCCUGCAGGCGGGGCCGAAGACUACAUCGUCAGCCGCGUGCUGAACGCGGACACGCUGUUCCUACGCAACAAGGCCGGCGAGGAGAAGAAGAUCAGUCUCAGCAGCAUCCGUCAGCCCAAGCCGUCAGAUCCGAAGCAGGCUCCGUUCGCUGCGGAUGCCAAGGAGUUCCUCCGCAAGCGAAUUAUCGGAAAGCACGUCAAGGUCACCAUCAAUGGCAAGAAGCCGGCCAACGAGGGCUAUGAGGCCAGAGAUGUCGCUACAGUCAUGCACGGUAACACCAAUGUUGCCCUUGCUCUCGUGCAGGCUGGAUACGCGUCCGUGAUCCGCCACCGUCAGGAUGACGACGACCGCUCUCCCGACUACGACAACUUGAUGAUCGCCGAGGCCGACGCCCAGAAGGACGGCAAAGGAAUGUGGUCUCCCAAACCGCCCAAACAGAAUCAGUACCAGGAUUACUCCGAGAGCGUGCAGAAGGCCAAGAUGGCGGUCUCCAUCCUUCAGCGUCAGAAGCGGGUUCCUGCCAUCGUGGAUUUUGUCAAGUCAGGCUCUCGCUUCACCGUCCUUGUUCCCCGUGAAAACGCCAAGUUGACCCUCGUCUUGUCCGGUAUUCGUGCUCCGCGGUCUGCCCGCAACCCCGGUGAGGCGUCCGAGCCCUUUGGCCAGGAGGCGCAUGACCUGGCGAACCGGCGCUGCAUGCAGCGGGACGUCGAAAUCGAUGUCGAGACGAUCGACAAGGUUGGCGGUUUCAUCGGUACGCUUUACGUGAAUAAGGAGAACUUCACCAAGGUCCUCCUCGAGGAGGGUCUGGCCACCGUUCACGCGUAUUCGGCUGAGCAAUCGGGACACGCCACCGAGUACUUCGCCGCGGAACAGAGAGCAAAGGAGUCGCGCAAGGGACUGUGGCACGAUUGGGACCCCAGCAAGGAUGCCGAAGAGGAGGAGAGCGAGGUGGCCAACGGAAACACCGGUGCGGACAAUGAGGGAGCUCAGCGUGGCAAGGAUUACCGUGACGUGAUGGUCACCCACGUUGAUCCCAGCAAUGGCCGCGUGAGGUUCCAGCAGAUUGGCAGAGACAGUUCUGCGCUGAUGGAGCUCAUGGAUGCCUUCCGUUCCUUCCACCUCAACAAGGCCAACGACACCCCUCUGCCCGGACCCCCCAAGGUGGGCGAGCUUGUUGCUGCCAAGUUCACCGAGGACAACGACUGGUACCGCGCUAAGAUCCGCCGCAACGAUCGGGACAACAAGCAGGCGGAAGUGAUGUACAUCGACUUUGGUAACUCGGAAGUCCUCCCUUGGUCCCGUCUGCGGCCCUUGACCCAGCCGCAGUUCUCGACCCAGAAGCUGCGCCCGCAGGCGAUUGAUGCCGUGCUGUCUUUGAUCCAGUUCCCAACGACGCCCGACUACCUCCAGGAUGCGGUUUCGUUCGUCGAGGAGCAGGUCUACAAUCGUGAGCUGGUGGCCAACGUGGACUAUGUGUCUCCCGAAGGCACCCUGCACAUCACGCUUAUGGAUCCCACUGAGUCGAAGAACUUGGAUCACAGCAUCAACGCCGAGAUCAUCCGCGAGGGAUUGGCGAUGGUGCCACGGAAGCUGAAGGCCUGGGAGCGGUCUGCGACAGAGACCUUGUCGCACCUGCGGAGCCUGGAGGACGAGGCCAAGCAGGAGCGACGGGGAAUGUGGGAGUACGGAGAUCUGACUGAGGAUUAA